AUGAAUGCUGCGGCCUACCAGUACAGGCCCCCAAAGCCGAACUACCUUCCACACGACAUCGAGGUCGAUGAGCCCAUUGUCGAGGAGUACACCUUGCCACUCGGCAAGGCUGACGACCGCGAAAAUGCCAUCUUCUUUAACAAAAUGAAAUCUGCGGCACAGGAGUAUGGCAUCGUCCGACCCAAAGGCUACACGGUUUCCUAUCACGCCACGCCCGAAAUGGAGAAGCAUCACUUUGGCCAGACACACCCCAUGAAGCCAUGGCGGCUGACGCUGACCAAGAGCCUGGUCACGUCGUACGGGAUGCCCUUCGCCAUGGACAACUACAUCACCCGGGAAGCGACGUAUGAGGAGCUCAACGCAUUUCACGGCAGCGACUACCUCGACUACCUAAUAACGGCAGCGCCAGAGGACCAGCCGCGGGACAUAGAGAACCCCGACAAGGAGGUGAAGUACAACCUUGGCGGGAGCGAUUGCCCGCUCUUCCACGGCCUUUACAACUACUGCUCUAUGUCGGCUGGCUGCUCGUUAGACGCCGCGCGCAAAAUCUGCAGCAAGCAGUCCGACAUCGCCAUCUCCUGGGGCGGCGGGCUGCACCACGCCAAGAAAUACGAAGCUUCGGGCUUCUGCUACAUCAACGACAUUGUGCUCGCCAUCCUGCAGCUGCUGCGCAUCUACCCGCGCGUGCUGUACAUCGACAUUGACGUACACCACGGCGACGGCGUUGAGGAAGCCUUUUUCUCAACCGACCGCGUCAUGACGGUGUCGUUCCACAAAUACCAGCCCGAUUCAUUCUUCCCUGGUACCGGUGCGCUCGAGGACAACGGGCCCAAGAACGAGCACAACCCGGGCGCGCACCACGCCAUCAAUGUGCCGCUGCAAGACGGCAUCACGGACGAGCAGUACGAAGCCCUGUUCCAGAGCAUCAUCGGCGCCAUCAACGAGCGCUACCGACCGAGCGCCAUUGCCCUCCAGUGCGGCGCCGACUCGCUAGCGGGCGACAGGUUAGGUAGGUUUAACCUGCGCGUCCAAGGCCACGGCGCCUGCGUCAAGUAUUGCAAGAGCUUGGGCCUGCCCAUGAUCCUGUUUGGCGGCGGUGGGUACACGCCGCGCAAUGUGGCGCGCGCGUGGGCCUACGAGACGUCCAUCGCUAUCGGCGCCGACGCCAGCAUCCCCGAGACGAUACCGGAGCACGCACCUUGGCGCGAGCACUUUGUCCACGACACGCUGUUCCCGUCGCUCGAGCAGAGUCUGAACGAGCCGCGCCAUAACCGCAACUCGGAGAAGCGCCUGCGUGAGAUUGUCACGCACGUGCACGAGCAGCUGCGCUUCGUGGCGCAUGCGCCCAGUGUGCAGAGCCAGAUCAUCCCGCCGGAUUUGGGGCCCAUCAGAGACGAGGUGGAGGCGAGGUUGAAGGAGGAGAAGGAGGAGAGGAAUGAUGGGUUGAGACGGAUCCGGGAGGAAGGGAUAGGGGAAGCUCUGGAGUAUUGA